CCGUACAUGACAGGAGCUGUGGCGGCUGUGGUCGACUGUGCUCGCCACUGCACGUGACACGUGACCGACAUGCAGAACUUUCUGCCUGACAUCCCAUAAGUGCCACAAAUUGCCAGUCGGGCCUCAAGGGGAGAAUCUGUCAUGAUGGAGUUUCCCAUGCAACAUAUUAUCUUGCUAGCUUGCUCGCUUGCAUUAGUAGACUCGGUGAUUCUCGGACGCCGGAAGUCGUCGUCGUCGUGGUCCUGGGGAGGAUGGAACAACGGCCGUCGGUCAAGCUGGAACACGGAGCCUGAGCCAUGGAGCCGGUGGGACACCAAGUCCACGGACACCUGGGGGUGGAACUAUGGCAACCAGAACCAGUGGGGGGCCAAGCGAGGGGUGGACACGUGGACUAGUAACUCCGACUACUGGAACUCCGACAACAGGUGGGCCAACAACAGACGCAGCGACAACUCCUGGAAGAGCUGGAACUCUUGGAGCGGAUCCUCCUGGGGCAGACAGAAUCAGCAAAGGUCAAGGACGAGGACAAGUUCACACACCCCGACUACAAGGCGAUCGUCAAGCGGCAACAACGCCUGGUAUUACCAGAUGAUCUGUAAAAACAACUAUGCCCCCUUGACGCAGUCUAACGGCAGUCCCUUCUACUGCUCCUGGUACAGGCAGUGCCCACAGAACGGCGGGACGUCCUACUGGUACAGCUACCGAUACACGUGUCAGACUGUAGGCGAGGGCAGCAUGGGACUGUGUUGUGUCGACGCAGGGGAAAUAGAGCACAGCAAUGGGCUGUGGAAGUGAUGACGUCACAUCCGGUGCAAUCUCAGGUAAAACUGACAGAAUUGACGCCGCUGUGGGAGACGUAGGUACAGGGCACCCGUCACCACCGUGCAGCACGUCAGUGUCACUACAACCAUACCAUGUACUGGAUAACAUUCGGGCAUCAGCCAGCAGACUUAGCCGUGGACAAUGUUCUGAGGGUGAUCGUAGCCUAUAUUCUGAGCCACUUUUCUUUGACUACCAAUCUGUCAGCAACUGGCACAAAACGACUAUUUUCUUCCAAAUUAAUAAGAAACGACUCUUUUCUUUCAUUUUCAAUUUAUAACAACAAUUUUCUUUCAACUUCUUAAUGGCUAAACUGACUUUUUGUUUCUGCCAGAAAUGACUUCUUUUUCCUUCCUAUCUCCCAGAAACGUCUGUUACCCACUUUCCUGUCUGCCAGAAACGACUCUUUUUGACCUUCCUAUCUCCCAGAAACGUUUUUUACCUGCUUCUCUGACUGAUAGAAAUGACUUUUUUCUCCUUCCUCUCUCCCAGAAACGACUCUUUGCCGCUUUUUUAUCUGCCAGAAACGACUCUUUUUUUCUCCUUCCUCUCUCCAAGAAACCACACUUUGUCGCUUUCUCAUCUGCCAGAAACGACUUUUUGCCGCUUUCUUAUCUGCCAGAAACGACUCUUUUUGUCCUUUCUCUCUCCCAGAAACGACUUUUUGUCUCUUUCUUAUCUGCCAGAAACGACUCUUUGCCGCUUUCUGAUCUGCCAGAAACGACUCUUUGCCGCUUUCUUAUCUGCCAGAAACGACUCUUUUUUUUGCCCUUCCUAUCUCCCAGAAACGCCUGUUACCCGCUUCUCGGUCUGCCAGAAACGGCUGUUACGCGCUUCUUGGUCUGCCAGAAACGGCUGUUACACGCUUCUUGGUCUGCCAGAAACGACUCUUAUUUUAUCCUUUCUCUCUCCGAGAAAUGACUCUUUGCCGCUUGUUUCUUGGACAGAAACAACUUCUCUUCCCCUUUCUAUCCACCAGAUGCGUCUCUUUCCGCUUCUCUGUCUGCCAGAAACAACUCUUCUCUUUCAAUAUUGGUACCUUAAUCCCUAACCUAUACCUUUUGUAUCUGGUAAUGUCUUAACCCUUGUUCUGAGGGUGAUCGUAGCCGAUAUUCUGAGCCACUUUUCUUUGAAUACCAAUCUGUCAGAAACCUUUUUGGAGCCACCAGCAACUGGCACAAAACGACUAUUUUCUUCCAAAUUAAUAAGAAACGUCUUUUUUCUUUCAUUUUCAAAUUACCACAACAAUUUUCUUUCAACUUCUUAUAUGCUAAGCGGACUCUUUCUUUCUGCAGGAAAUGACUUCUUUUUCCUUCCUAUCUCUCAGAAACGUCUGUUACCCACUUUCCAAUCUGCCAGAAACGACUCUUUUUUGCCCUUCCUAUCUCUUAGAAACGUCUUUUACCUGCUUCUCUGUCUGCCAGAAACAACUCUUUUUUUCUCCUUCCUCUCUCCCAGAAACGACUCUUUGCCGCUUUAUCUGCCAAAAACAACUCAUUGUCGCUUUCUCAUCUGCUAGAAACGACUUAUGCCGCUUUCUUAUCUGCCAAAACAAAUUUUUUCCUUCCUCUCUGCAAGAAACGACUCUUUGCCGCUUUCUUAUCUGCAAGAAAUGACUCUUUUUUUCUCUCCUUCCUCUCUACCAGACUCUUUGCCACUUUCUCAACUGCAAGAAACGACUCUUUUUUGCCCUUCCUAUCUCUUAGGAUCUCUUAUUUCUAUUCCCUUACUUAGAAUGAUGUCUUACGUUGACUUUAACCAUAGUUAGGUGUUGAGUAUUUUCCCUAUCACCAGCACCAGCACCAGCACCAGGCCAGAUGUUAUUUCUACGAUCAUUUACAGAACAGUUCCUAAUUGUAUCAGUAUGUAUGUUGAAGUAUUGUAUACACCCCCGGACGUUACCACUGUAUUGUAUCCUGGUUGUACCAAUGUUUGUACCAUUAUUAGUCACAAUCAAUUUGAAUAAAUACGUUUAAAUGUA